AUAAACUGAAUCGUUUGGUGUUUGGUCGACAUCAGUUUUUCGAUUACCGUCCGGGAAAACGUACAAUCGAGAGUGCAAUAAUGAAGUGUUUGAUAGUGUUAUCGGUGUUGGCAGUGAGCUGUGUCCUAGCUCAGAACUAUAACGAUGGACGUUACUAUCCGGAGUUGUAUGCUUCGAAGUUUGACGAUGGUAAAUGGCGACCUGACAACAGUGGAGCAUAUCGGGGUCGUACCGGUGCAUCUAAGACUUCAUCUAAAGGUGUCGGAAGUCGCUUUGUAGGUGCAUCCCUCCUUGGUAAUGGAUUUACUGCUACAAGUUCUUUCGGCGAUUCAUUUGGAGUCGCUUCCAACAGUGGUUCUAAUAAUCCAUUUUCUAUCGGCGGAUCGUCAAGCUUUACCAAUGCCAAGAAAACUAAAACUGGAUUCGUAGAUUCCUCCGAUGCCAACAAGAUUGGUAUCAAAGAGGAUACCCGACAGUUGAACGAAGAUGGUUCAUAUCACUACAAGGUAGUGAAUGAGAACGAUAUCGAAGUUUCCGAAACGGGACGACUUGAUAACGUUGGAACUGACGAUGAAUUUUUACGUGUUAUGGGAUACUACCAGUACCUCGGCGACGACGGUGUGUUGUAUCGAGUGGACUAUGUGGCCGAUGAAAAUGGUUUCCGGCCUUCGGGAGCUCAUCUGCCAACCCCGCCGCCAAUUCCAGAAGAGAUUUUGAAAUCACUACAAGCACGUGGGUUAGCUCGCAAGUAGUGACUUUUAAAACAAAUUAGUUAAACUGAGGAAUGUGCAAAAGGACUGCCUGCAUAUGUUAAACUUGAUAUGUAACAUAAUGAAAUUAAAUAAAUAUAUCAUUGAAAGAAUUGGAUAAUAA